CAUCUCAAAGUUAUAAUGAAGAUGUCCGAAAUGCGAUGGCGAAACUGGAAAUGGAUAUUCAGAAAUAUCACGAAGAAGUCAAUGAAGUAGAAAUGAUUACCAAGAGAGCUCUCGGAAAAAUGGUUGUCAGACACGUUGGGAAUGAGGGCAUUGGUGAACAGAGUGAUUUGCGACGACUUUUCCAAGCAUGCAUUGAUUUUAUUCAGAAAACAAAUCCGAUAAUUUGGAGUGAUGCUUCAAUAACUAUUUACGAUGACGAAAAUGACCAAAUCUUUACUAUCAAAAGUGGAAAAGCAAGGCACCAGUACAUCUGUAGCAUGCGCGAUAACGAGCCUACAAUUACUCAGAGGGCUGUCAACGAAGCAGGUCGUUGUUGUCAAAUGUAAAACUUCCAUUUACCCCACUGAAAAGAAAACAUUGUUAAA